AUGGACCUCUUUGUUUCUCAGGCAGUAGAGGACAGGGUUGAGCACGGGGAUCAGGACUGCGAACCAGAUAGACAUUAUUUUGUGUACGAUCGUGGGAGCAUUGAACUGUGCAACGACAUAGAAUGUCAUUGCGCUCACAUAGUAAACUGUCACCCCAAUGAGGUGGGAGGAGCAGGUGGAAAAGGCCAUUUGCCUGCUGGUGUGGGAAGGAAUUCUCAGGAUGCUGGCGAUGAUGCAAAGGUACAAACCACGGAGCAAAUGGAAGGAGGAAAUCAAACGCCCAUCAUGGAACUUAUCCUCUUAGGAUUAGGGAACGGCCCUGAACUGCAGUCCCUCCUCUUCGUGCUGUUUCUAGUCAUCUACCUUGUGGCUGUGGCCGGGAACCUCCUCAUCAUCGUGCUAGUGGUGACUGAUCCGCACCUUCACACCCCCAUGUACUACUUCGUGGUCGGCUUGUCUGGUGUGGAGAUCUUUUAUGUCUCCACCACCCUGUCCUGGCUGCUGGCCAGUCUCGCAACUGGGGACAGAACCAUAUCUCUACAGAACUGCUUUGUGCAAUAUUUCUUGUACAUUAUCCUUGCCAAUGCAGAAAGUCUGCUGCUCACAGCCAUGUGUUGCGAUCGGUAUCUAGCGAUCUGCCACCCCCUCCGCUACGCUGCUCUGAUGAACAUCCAGAUCUGUUGCCACAUGAUAGCAGGGUCCUGGAUAAUCAGCAUUUUAUACUGUUUCACGUUCCAUAUGUUCAUUUUGCAAUUCAGAUACUGUGGUCCUAAAGAAAUUGACCAUUUCUUUUGUGAUUUUGCAGUCCUUUCAGAGCCGUUCUGUGGGGCUGACAUCCAGACUAUGCACCUGGUGGCAUUUCUUGUGACUGUCAUCUUGACUGUUGUGGUUUUUUUGUUUAUCCUGACAACCUACAUUUGCAUCAUCGCCAACAUCCUGAGAAUCUCUUCCAGCACCGGGAGGCAAAAGGCCUUUUCCACCUGCUCCUCCCACCUCAUUAUGGUUGCAGGUUACUAUGUGAGCUCAAUAAUAGUCUAUGUCGUUACGCUCUUCAACCCUCCCGUGAUCCUCUACAAAAUAUUGUCUGUGUGGUUUGCAAUCCUGAUCCCCGUGCUCAACCCUGUCCUGUACUGCCUGAGAAACAAGGACGCCCAUAAGGCCCUGAGAGAUGGUCUUCUGAAACUGGCUGCUUUCAGACACAGGCCUGAAGUGUGA